CUUGACUGCCGAGUUGCAACGAAGGUCAUGGAACCUGGUGAUCUCGCUGCGAAGGAGGCGGUGGAGCACGUGAUCCGUCGUGAGCUGGCGGAUCCUGCAUUGCCAACCACGAAGAACCGAGUGCCAUUCUCACCCGUCGACCAUGGUCUUCGCGAAGACUUCCGUCUAACGUCGUUCAGCGAGCUGAAAGGCUGAGGCUGCAAGCUACCCCAGGAAAAACUACUCACUUACAUCUCUGGGAUAGCUAACGACCUCAAACCCAACGAGACUCCAGGGAUGGACUCGAGCGUUGUCAAAAUCAAGAACCCCAUGCUCACCGACAUGUACCAAGUCUCGACCACCGACUUCUUCUACCCCCUGGUGCAAGAUCCCUACGUCCAAGGACGCAUUGCUUGUGCCAACGUCCUCUCGGACCUGUACGCGAUGGGCGUGACCGAAGUGGACACGAUGCUCAUGAUCUUGGGGGUGUCCCGCCUUAUGACGGACAUCGAGCGCGACGUCGUGACCACACAACUCAUCCAUGGCUUCAACGACUUGGCCCGCGAAGCUGGAACCAACGUCACCGGCGGCCAAACCGUGAUGAACCCGUGGCCGAUCGUCGGGGGCGUUGCGAUGAGCGUCCGUCAUGAAUCCCAGAUCAUCCGUCCUGAAAAUGCCAACCCCGGCGACGUGCUCGUGUUGACCAAACCCCUAGGAACUCAAUUGGCUGUGAACGCGUUGCAAAUGAAAGAUCAACCGCACCGGUGGCAAAAGGUGCAGCACUUUUUAACGAGAGAAGCCGCCGACGUUGCGUUUGCCAAAGCGUCCGAGUCCAUGGAGCGCUUAAACAUCAACGCCGCCAAGCUCAUGCACAAGUACGGAGCAACGUCGGCGACGGAUGUGACGGGGUUCGGCAUCCUUGGCCACGCAGCCAACUUGGCAGCGUCGCAGAAGGCGGCGGUGGAUUUGGAACUGCACACACUUCCGAUCAUCAAAGACAUGCUCGAAAUCAACGCUGCGUUCAAUAACAACUGGAGACUGCCCCAGGGGUACUCGUCUGAAACGUCUGGGGGGCUUCUCGUCACGUUGCCGCGUCAAAACGCCCAGGCGUACAUGCGGGAGUUGGAAGCGUUGGAUGGCCAGCCGUCGUGGCUAGUGGGUCAAGUCGUCCAAGGGUCCAACCAAGCGCGGAUUGUACCCGACGUGCGCUUUGUACCAGUCUAAUCAACCAUCGGCCGUGGCCAAGAUGACGAAAUGCGCGGUGUGUGCGGAGGAGGUCUUGUUUUUCCGAGUAGUUCAAGACCUCGAACAGCCGAGGGGAAUGCGAAUGACGGGGCGCCAUUUUACUUCACAAGCGUGGCGUCCUUGAUAUGCAGCCCCCACCGUGUAACCCAUCUAGACCCCGGGACUAGUGAUUAUUAGAGUGGCAAGUAAACGUUAAUUCGACUGCAAUAAUCGUG